CUUCUGUGAAAGACCGCCUUCCAGACGUCUUUUUGCCAACUGGCCAAGUAGGAGUGGGUAUUAGAAGUGGUAUGGAAUCAGCUAUUCACACCACACAAUCGUUUCUUGAUGCUAACUGGGAUAAAGAAGACUUCUGUUGCUUGAAAAUUGACAUGACUAAUGCUUUUAAUGAGUGCUCCAGACCAGCCUUUCUUUCACGUUUGCGGAGAGAAUUUCCAGAAUUAUUUGCAUGGGCUCAGUGGUCCUACCACGUACCUAGUGAGAUGCGUUACGGUAGGCAUCAAAUCUUAUCUACAGCUGGUGUCCAACAGGGAGAUCCCUUGAGCCCUCUUCUGUUCUCACUUGUGAUUCUGGAAUUAUUGGAUUCUAUUGGCGCUAUUUCGAACCUACACCUUCAAAUUUGGUAUUUGGAUGAUGGGACAUUUUUCGGCUCGAGAGAGUCUGUAUCUUCUUUAUUACAAAGUGUUUCGGAAAAGGGUCCCAGUUAUGGCUUACAUGUCAACUUAAAUAAAUGUGAACUAUACUGGCCGUCUGGAGACCAAGCUUUUCCCUUGUUUCCCAGUCAAGUCAGACGUUUGUCAGAAGGGGUUGAGUUGCUAGGAUCACCAGUCCAUGGCUCUGUAGACUUUUUCAGAUCAUCUAUAUCCAAACGUGUUGAUAAAGUCUUGGAGUCUCAAACGCUUCUGAGUAACCUUGAGGAUCCACAAGUUGAAUUGCAUUUGCUACGGAGCUGUCAGAGUAUCUGUAAAAUCAAUCAUUUGUUACGUACUGUGACUCCUGCUUUGUUGACAGACCAAUUACGCCGUUUCGAUGUCGGCUUACGUCGAUCUUUGGAAAUCAUCUGUCGAUCCUCCAUUACAGACACAGCAUGGUUGCAGGCUACACUACCUGUACGACUUGGGGGUCUCGGUUUGAGAGAAGCAGUCAAGUCUGCACCAGCUGCAUACGUGGGGAGUUGUAAUUCCACAAAAUUGUUAGUCCAAGAUUUCCUUAGGAAAGCUUGUAAUUCUCUGGCCUCAACAAACGUACACGUUCCGACUUCACUGCUAUUGGAAGAAUCUGAAAGUUAUCUUCAGAGUUGUUCCUUUCUGAAAAACGAACACAGUCAUUUGCUUCUAGAUUUCAACAACUCGACUCAACGACAAAUUCAAUCAAAACUCGAUGCUGAUUUAUUCAAUUGUUUAUUGAACAAUGCCAGCUUGAGAGACAGAGCUCGUUUAAAUUCCAUCAGUACACCCCAUGCGGGAGCGUGGUUGAGGGCAAUACCAAACCCUAAUCUCGGCCUUUACAUGGAUUAA